AGGAAGCAGAGAAAACAGGUAGUGGAAGAAAGUGUAGAGACAGAAUUCAGCUGUGACUGUGAAUUAGGUUGUGCUUCCCUCAAACGUCAGUUAAAAUUUCAGUCCUCUGGAUAUCUGGCAACCCUUAAAAAACCCUUGGAGAAGUUCAGGAAACAUCAUGAGAGCAAAUAAGGGGGCUGAGCUGUUCAUGCUCAGUAUGGUUGUGGCAGCUGUUGUGUCACUUGACGUGGAAACACCCCAGAAAAAAGUGGAAGUGGCUAGAGGAAGUAGUGCCACCCUGCCAUGCACCUUCCGAAGUGCUCAAGCAACUACUGACAGUGACUUUGGUGUCUGGAAAAAAGUCUCUUCAAACGAAGAAUUUGUUAACUGGUACUUUGAUGGUGGAAAAGAACCACCAUUUUUAGGAGCAACUUACAAGAAUCGCGUGAACCUCUCUGGCAAUCCAAGUAACAAUGAUCUCACCAUCACCCUCAGUGAUGUGACUAUGGAUGACAAUGGAACUUAUGAAUGUUCGGUUCGCAUGCGCCAUGAUCCCCCAGUGAAAAGUGCACAAAUGGAUCUUGUGGUCCUUGUGGCUCCAUCCAUACCAGAGUGCAAAAUUAUAGGAACUACAUCAUAUGGACACAACAUUAACCUGACCUGCAAUUCUCAGGAAGGAUCCCCUAAACCUCAGUAUUCCUGGCAAAGGUUUGAUCCACAAAACCAACAAAAGGAACUCACGGGAGCAAAAGUAUCAGAGGGAUUGUUGACUCUGAAGAACAUUUCUGCAGACACCUCUGGCUUCUAUAUCUGCACUUCCACCAACUCUGUUGGAAAGAAUUCCUGUAACAUGACUGUUUCCAUUUCACCUCCAUCCAUGAACAUUGGCCUUUAUGCUGGAAUCAUUGGCGGUAUUGUUGCUGCAAUAAUUGUCAUUGGCAUUAUAGCUUACUGUUGCUGCUGUAGGGAGCGGAAGGAUAAGGACUAUGAGAUGACAGAUACAGAAAAUGGAUACAAACCGCCACCAAAUGAACCUGUACAAAUCCGGGGACCGGCUGAUGAAGAGAUACAGGAGGAAGAUGAGCAGGAGGAAGAUGAGCAGGAGGAAGAAGACAGGUGGAAAAGCAAGGCACUAAUGCCACCCACUCCCAGGCCAGAAGCCGUGGCUUAGAUACUGGCACUUCUGGGUGGGGGGAGAGAGAAGAGCAAAGGAAAGAAUCUUCAUGAGGUCCUGGAAUGCACUAAAUGAAUAAGAAAAAAGAGCUGCUUUAAAAGCCAUGGCAGCUUCAAGGCAUCCUUUCCCUGUCCAGUCACUUAAGCGGGAAAGGAGAGGGAAAUUCUACUGCAAAUGUUACACUGUCACACACUCUCCAUGCAAAUCUUCAUACUCCCCAUUCGUGAAUUGUUGAGAAAAGGCAAAUGAUGGGGUAUAUCCAGCCAGCAUGUUCAGCAAAGACUGAAGCCUUCCUCUAGUCUGAUGUAUCUCAUUCAACAAGCAACUCUUCUGUUGGAGGAAGAACCUCUUAAGUUAGAGAGGGUUUCAAAUUUGGCAGUAUGGAAUGGCUGGAAACAGCCCAAUGUAAUUCAUGCAAGUUAAGCGAUUAUCACUUUCACGGUUGGAAAAAGGAAUAAAGUUUCACUAUCUGUAUGUUUGAAAGAAUAAGAGGCAGGACCUUUCAGAUAAUCAGUUUAGAACUCACCAAUAGUAUAAUUGUUGCUAAUUUGUUGGGUAGGAUUCAAAUGUCUUCACUUGUGGAAAUGCUUGUGUCAUAGGAACACCUCAUUUUCCUAGCACUGAAAACAGAAUGUUGUGCUACUGAUUGUUAAUAUGUUCUCUCCCCCAGCACAGCAUCUAAUGCUACUGCUGUGCAGAAUGUGAUUAUGACAGCCAUAAGCACUUAUUGGACAAUACAUGCAGCAUUCCUAACUUUGCUCCCAUCAUUUUUUUUAACUAAUUUUGAAAUGACUUGUCAUUGUCCCAAUAUGCUACCUCGGCAUUUGAGCACUUGUUUAAAAAAGAAAAAGCUAUAAAAGCAGGAAAGAAUACCCCUCCCCACCCCACUAUAUCAGGAAUCUUUAAUUUUUUUUUUAAUUUGAUGGCUGGUUGCAUUAUAGUACUGAGACAGUGCCAGUAAUAGCACAAUUUUGUUGCUUACAAUCAAUUUUUUUUUUUUUUUAGAAAUCAGCCGGAAAGAGCCUUAAUUGCAGCUGGCUGGAAAGCCUUUGAAUGAAUGGGCUAUUAAUGAUUCUCUUUGUUUGGAAUUGCCAAUGUUUAUUUUUGAAGUUGCAAUAUUACUUU